ACUACGUCGCAUUCGUUGCAAUCCGCAAAAUAAAAAUGGACCGCGGAAAAGGCAGCGGGUCGAAUAGAUCCCAAAAAAAGGUACCGCUGGGUGGAGAACUAUUUGCCCUCGGCACCAAGAGCGUUCGCGAUGAUACCAAGUCCAAAAUCAUGCCUAUUAAGGCAAUAUCCUCGUCGGACAGGAAGCGCGAGGCCCCGUCUUCAUUGGCCAGUUCGAGCAAGAGAUUUCGAGGCAAUCUAAAGGAUGCGGGCGCCACGGAUAUAUCCUCCGGAAGUAGCCAAUGCGAAACCUGGGAGCAAUUCGCCAUCGAUUGUGAUCUGGAGACAGUAAUCGAGACCAUUUACGUGGCCUUGGAGCAAAACGACAGCGAAACUGUGGGUCGGCUGGUCUGUGGCGUUAUUAAACAGACCACGACAAGCUCCUCGCGUUCCAAGGUGGACAACAUAGCUUUGUUGGCCCUUAUAUACGUUGCCAAGCUGCAGCCGAGUAUAUUCUGCACUGAUAUUGUAGCCUGCGCGUUGCUAUCCUUCCUGCGGCGAGAGGCCAAUGUGAAAAUGAGGUUCAACACCAAUCUGCACAUCCUGUUUGCCAACUUGCUGACCAGGGGCUUUGUAGACAUUCCGCAAUGGCCGGAGAUCCUUCUUCGCACGUAUAUAGACGAUGCGGUCAACGAGCGAUACUGGGCAGAUAAUGACUUGUGCGCUCCUUUAGUAAAGAACAUUUGCGCCGCUUUCAAAACCCGAACUCCACACAUUAGUCUCCUCCGCUGGGAUGUCAGCACUGCCCUUCCUUCAGGCCAGGCGCACAGGGAUAGCAUGACUGUGGACGACGACUCCGGGGACAACUCCACUCAGAGCCUGGAUGCCAGUCCCCUGAACGCCGAAUCUGAGCCCAUUUCCGACGCAAUGUGCACCACAAAACCCAGGUUUAGCGAUGCCGUGGUUCAGAAGCAUGUCAGCGACGCCAUUCGCGAUCAGCUAAACAAGCGACAGCAGCAGGAUAACUACACCCGAAACUUUCUUAAAUUUCUCUGUACUACCUCCGGUAUAGCAGAGGUGCGAUGUCUCAGUAUCUCGCGGCUGGAGCUGUGGAUUCACAACGGAAAACUGGUCAAGUUCGCCCAGCAGCUGCUCUCGUAUAUAUGCUUCAACAUAAAAGGGCGCAAUACGCAGGACAAUGAAGUUCUUCUGGUUCUGGUGAAGAUGCGGCUUAAAACAAAGCCCCUGAUUAACCACUACAUGUCGUGCCUUAAGGAGAUGAUCUAUCUGCAGCCGGAUAUCUUAAGUACUGUGAUGAAGCUGGUCGUGCAAAAUGAAUUGUCCAACACCAGGAAUCCGAACAAUAUGGGAAUGCUAGCCACAAUGUUCCAAACGUCUUCUGAUCAGUCCGCUGCAAAUCUGGCUGAAAUCUAUCAGGAGUUUUUGCUCCAACGGGACGAUUGUCUGCGGACACUGCGAGUCUUUCUAAGGGAGCUUGUGCGGAUGCUGCGCUUUGAUGUGAACUUGGUCAAAUUUUGCAAAACCUUUCUAAGUGAACGGGAAGACCUCACACCGCAAAUAGAAUUGUUUGAGUUCAAGGAGCGCAUCUUCCACUCAAUGGUGGACAUCGUGUGUCUCUGCAUGUUUCUUUCGGCCACGCCACAAGCUAGGGAAGCCAGUUUGUCUCUGAAAACCAAUCGGGACACGAAAAACAACCACGCUCUGCUCAAGCUGUACAACCAAAUGUCGCAGAUACAAUUGGACACAGUUUCGUGGAUGUACGAAACCGUGCCCACUAUCUUCAAGAUUCCUGCCGCCGAAUAUCACCAGGCAUUGCACAAACUGCUGCUGCUGGACAGCCCGGAGCAAUACUCGCGCUGCGAUCAGUGGCCCUCGGAGCCGGAACGUGGGGCUAUCCUGAGAAUCAUCUCCGAGACGCCAAUUCACGAGGAGACUUUGCUGCGCAUAAUCCUGAUUGGCAUUACGAAGGAUAUUCCCUUCUCCAUUGCGAACACCUUCGAUGUGCUGUUGCUGGUUAUCAAGCGAGUCUCAGGGAUGAAGGCCACCAACAUCCCGGCUGUGCAGGCCAACAAGUUUGACAUCAUCGACUUUCUGUUCAGCAUGUCGGAAUACCACCAUCCAGAGAAUAUUCGCCUGCCCUCAGAUUAUGAGCCACCUAAGCUGGCCAUCAUUGCGUUUUACUGGAAGGCCUGGCUCAUAUUGUUGAUGAUAUCUGCGCACAAUCCCUCUACUUUUGGAGCCUUUUGCUGGGAUCACUACCCAACAAUGAAGAUGAUGAUGGAAAUAUGCAUAACCAACCAAUUUAACAAUUCCGCAGCCAACAAGGACGAGUUGCAGAUAAUCACAGUGGAAAGAGACCACAUUCUGCAGUUCGAAACGUACUUAGCUGCCCAAACAUCGCCACAUGCAGUUAUCACAGAGGAGACGGCGAUCCUCAUUACCCAGCUCAUGCUGAUGGACCCAAUGGGUACGCCACGCAAGGUACCCUCCAUGGUGUUAGACCAACUGAAGUUUCUUAACCAGACCUACAAGCUGGGCCACCUGUUCUGCCGCUGCCGCAAGCCAGACUUGCUGCUGGACAUAAUCCAGAGACAGGGCACAACACAGUCCAUGCCCUGGCUUUCGGACCUAGUCCAAAACAGCGAGGGUGAUUUCAGUCACCUUCCAGUUCAGUGUCUGUGCGAAUUCCUGCUCUUCAACGCGCACAUAAUAAACGAGGAAAACAGCCGCGAUGCCGAACUGGUUAACUUCCUGCGAAAUUUGAUAUUCGACGGGAAUCUCAGCCACCAAAUCGUUUGCGAACUUUUGGAUUACAUAUUUAGACGCUUGUCGUCUACCGUGAAGCAAUCUCGGGUAGCUGCUCUUUCGGGUCUGAAGAUCAUUUUCAGGCACUCGGGAGACUUUGAAAACGAAUGGCUCCUAAAGUCGAUACAACAAAUUCCCCAUUUCUUUGAGGUUAAACCGUUCAUUAUUCCCCAGCUGCGGGCAGCCUGCCAAGUGGAGAACUGCCCGGAACUGAUUAUGGCGUAUAUCCAGUUCAUUACGGCCCACACGCUAAACGAUCCGGUAAACGAAAUGCUGGACCAUGUAAUCGAUAUGGCGCAAUUGAUAGUGGAGCGCAGCACAAUGUUUCAGCACAUUAUUAUUUCCCAAGAGGACUACGAUUACGUCCCAGACGAGAACCGCAUUCAGACUCUCAAAUGCCUGUUCGUCAUGUUUAAUAAUUAUAUCAUUAAGCUUAGGGAGUACCACGAGCCGUAUGAGUGGACCGAGUACCCGGACCUACUAAUGGUACAGUUUGACGACGGAGUGCAGUUGCCCCUGCACAUAAACAUAAUCCACGCGUUUAUAAUCCUGCUGACUUAUUCAAACAGCAACAUGCCCGAGUCAAUACCCAUUUUGGACUACUGGUUCCCGCCAGGACGACCGGCGCCCGUUGCAUUUUUGCCCAGCAUGCCCCAAGAACAGGUGCAGCUGCUGCCUGACUGGCUGAAGCUAAAGAUGAUACGCUCUUCGGUGGACAGGCUGAUCGAGGCUGCACUUUACGACCUGACUCCAGACCAGAUUGUGCUGUUUGUGCAGAACUUCGGCACGCCGGUCAACUCGAUGUCAAAGUUAUUGGCCAUGCUGGACACCGCUGUGCUGGAGCAGUUCGACCUCGUAAAGAACGCCAUCCUUAACAAAGCGUACUUGGCGCAGUUGAUCGAGAUUCAGCAGGCGCGGGGGGCGAAGAAUGGCCACUACACCGUGCAGGCGCUCGAUCUGCACUCCCAUUCGCAAACCGUGCCGGAUCUGCCAAAGAUCAGCGUCAUGAUCCAGGAGACUGUGGAAAUCGGAGACUACGAUACCUCGGAGAUGACUAGUGGUCGCAGCGAUCUUUUGGCCACCAAGGAGGUGGCCCAGAGCAUUCUCACGCAGCCCGAUCACCUGACUGCACAGAGGGGUGACUGUCGAUCCUUGAUUCAGAAGCUGUUGGAAAUGCUGGUCAGCUCUAAUAGCAAUGGAAAUGAUUUGGUCACCGCCAUAACAGAGGUAAUAGCAAUGGGAUGUGACGUCAUUAUGAGUCGGCACGCCUGCACAUUUCUAAGAACAUUUUUUAGCUGCAUGUUGCACAGCGACAAGUACCACAUCCUAGAGAACACGCUGCAAAAGAACUUCAGUAUUUUCAAGCACAACUUCACCGACUCCAGACUACUGUAUCAAACGGAGCUGUACCACGAAAGCCUCGUGUUUAUGUUGAGAAAUUCCCGAGAGAUUUACGUCCAGCAGUUUAAAGCAAAUACCGCCUUAUUGGCAAGAAAGCGGAUCGUCAGGGGCAUCAUAGAGGGCUUUGAUCAGAGCAAAGACUGCAAAGCCGUUGCGAAGACCAAAAGCGACCAGCUCUUUCACAACGGUCUCUUCAUCGACUGGCUGUCCGAAGUAGAUCCCGAAAUCGUUUCCACGCAGCUGAUGAAGGAGCGCUUCCUGUUCUCAAAAUCCUGUCGCGAGUUUAGGUUUUACCUGUUGUCAUUGAUUAACCACCAAACCAACUGGGACACGAUCGAAAGAAUUGCCGAAUAUUUGUUCAAGAACUUCCAUGGUGACUACGAUUACGCGACGGUUCUGAACUACUUCGAGGCGCUGACCACAAAUCCAAAACUGUGGAAGGGUCGCGAAAAGUACAUGUCGAAGAACGUUCGCCCGGACGCAUUUUUCUUACUGAAAAAUUCGGAGCUGGAACCGUUUGCUCACUUCAUCCUGCACGAGGGCCUCUCCGAGAUCAAAGCGGACAGCAGAAACUACGACUUCAAACUCUGUUCACGAAUGAACCUUUUGUUCAAGCUGACGGAGAAGCGGAGAGACCUAAUGGUCCGGGUGAUGGAGCACGUGGAAAACAGUGCAGUGUCGGAUUACCUUAAACUGCAGGCUUUGCAGCAAAUGUAUAUUAUGUAUCCGCGCGUAAAGUUCCUAAAACGGAGCAAAACCAGCGAACAGGCGUACAAGUUGCAGAGCUUGAAGGGCUGUCAGGCGGAUAAGGUGUCCAAUAAUCUGAUCACCUGCCUGGGAAGUCUUGUAGGCAAGAAGGACUUUGAAACCCUGUCAUCGGACACAGAGUUGCUUCUCCGCAAGCUGGCCGCCUCCCACCCUCUGCUCUUUUUGCGCCAGCUGAGUGUUUUGUCGUCGAUUAUGCAAGGCCGCGCACAGAUGAGCAUGAAGGCUCUGCGCGAGGAGCACCACUUUCACCGAUUCGUCCAGAUUCUGAGGACCCUAGAGCUCCUUCAGCCGACAAUUUUCGAGGACUCGUACAAGAACGAGAUCCAGAAUACGCUGUCGUGCUACUUUAACUUCUUCAAGCACCACAGCUCGGUGAAGGAGGCCUGUCAGAUGCUGAACAAGUUCGUGCAGAUGCUGCAGGCCUACAUCAACUACAACCCGUCGAGCGCCCUGCUCUUUAUCGAACAGUACGUGGGCAUCCUUAAAGAACUUGCUGUGAAGUAUACUUCUCUGGGAAAGCUGCAGGUUCUGGUUCAAGCAGUGGCCCUGCUGCAGCACAAGUCACACUCGGCCUCCGAGCUGGACGACGAGGAGGUGAAGUACGAGUACGACCUAGACGAGCACUUCGAAGUGAAGCCGCCGGCCACCAAAUCCACUGUGAGCGAGGAACUCGUCGAGGGGAACCCGCCCACGCCAAUCGAUGCUGGCGGCAGCAGGGGUUCCUCUUCGGCUCUUACCUUAGGAUCAUACAGCAGAUCAAACUUUACAGACAUAUCCCCGCACUUCCUUGACCUGAUCAAGAUCAUUAAGCAGGCAAACACAGAGGACGUGGUUUUGGGACCCAUGCAGGAGCUGGAGUGCCUCACUUCCAAGAGAUUCGUUUUCAUCAACGAACUUUUUGAGCGUUUGCUGAAUUUGAUAUUCUCACCGAGCGCUCAGAUCCGGUCCAUCGCCUUUAUCAUACUAAUCCGACACCUCAAGCACAACCCCGGUAACUCGGACAUCAACCUUUGCACCCUAAACGCCUACAUUCAGUGCCUGCGGGACGAGAACUCGUCGGUGGCGGCGACGGCCAUUGACAAUCUGCCGGAAAUGUCGGUGCUGCUGCAGGAACACGCAGUCGAUAUCCUGAUGGUAGCCUUUUCGUUGGGCCUAAAAUCGUGCCUGAAUACUGGCCACCAAAUUCGAAAGGUCCUCCAGACAAUAGUGAUUCAGCAUGGCUAUUAAAAGUUCAGCUUAUAAGAUUAGACUUCUUACGUAUGCAUAUUCUUAACUCCUAAAAAUAAAGUUUAUACGAUAGUACAAAUUUUUUAA